CAAUAGUUUACAUGCAGUUUCCUGCACUACGGAGGAAAUACCUCUUGAGCAGACGAUGGCUAUAACGCCACAUUUACUCCUUCGAUUAAAAGAGAAGAAUGUAGGUAUGGCAGUGCUUCAAACCCUGUAUGUGAUAACACAGAAAACAAGUAAGACCCAGGAAUGGGACGCCACAUUCCUAGAAACAAUAUGCAAAAGUAUAGCUCCUUUUGUAAAGGAGCAGCAGCCCUCUGACAUUAGAGAGUUCACAUAUGGAGUCUUUGCAAACUUACUCCCUCUAAAACAUUCAGUUAAAAUCUUCAGGUCAGUGGGGAUCUGCACUGUGCCUGAAGAUGUUCUGACAUCUGCUGAGAUGAAAAUUUACGACAAGCUCAAAGAGGGGCUGAGGAAACUCAAAGAUCACUUUAACAGAACAAACUCUGAAUGUGAAGACACUUCAGAGGCUCCAGGGUCUGGGAAAAAGAAGAAAAAGAAGAAGAAGAAAAAGAAGGAAAAGUCUGAGAUAAACAGUCAGAAAGAUACAGUUCCUGUUGAGGAAUCCACUUCUAAUGUCCAGCCAUUUUUAUCCAACACUGAAUCUUUGCCAACACGUAAGUGGCUCUCGAUCAGCAGAAGAUGGAAGGAAAAGCUGGAGAAACUCCAGAGCUCUGAACAAAUCUCUCGAAUAGGAAGUAUAGUGUAUGUGAAUGAUGCAGAGUUCCUCAUCGCUAAAGGCAGUGAUGGGACUGAGGUCUUUCUGGGGCUGAGGGAUGAUGGCACUGAAGUGGCCAUUAAGAGGAUGACAAUAACUAACUAUCAAGUGUUGAAGAACGAGGAGGGGUUCCUCCGACUCCCAGAGCUGGACCACCCCUCUAUAGUACGAUACAUUGAUUUUGCAGAGGACCUGAACUUUGGGUAUUUGGCUCUUCAGCUUUGUGAAUACACUCUGGAAGAAUACAUUGAAGAUAUUGACAAGAAUAAAAGGAAAAAACUGGCCCAGCAGUUUCUUGAAGGCUUGUGGGUUCUGCAUAGCUACAAGACUCCAAUUCUACACCGAGAUCUCAAACCUCAAAAUGUGUUGAUUGGUAAGUCAAAAUAGGGAUGAUUUUAUAGGAUAUGUUAGUGAUUCUUGAGAGAUGGGCAAAACAGGUAUUAGAAGAAGAUACCUCCACACUGUCUAAACAUGCAAGUAACAUUUUGCCAAAAAAAACAAAACAAAAAAAAACCUCCAAAAAACAACCUUAAUCAGGCAAAAUUAUAUAUUCAUAAUUUAAAGUCAUUAUAUGUUUUUUCAUUAUAGGUCUUUAUUGUACUAAAACAUGGAAAAGCAUGCAUCCUUUCUCUGAGCAGGCUUGCCUCUCCACUAACCUGACUCUUCUGGACUGUAGGAAGAUUUCCAUGGAGAAUGUUUGGAAAUAUGACUUUGUUUUUCCAUGGAAUCUUGCUGAUUUUCCACCUCCAGAAAAUCACACUGUCACUUUAAGAAGAUGUUCAGGGAAAGUCUAGACUGGCUGAUUUUGGGAUAAGUCGACAGUUACCGAAAGGCCAAACCUCUUGCCGUACACAAGGUGCUGGGACUAAAUUCUGGAUGGCCAGAGAGACUUUAGGCAAAAUAAGGAUCCUGUGCCAUACAAGUCCAGCACAGAUAUGCAGGUGGCAGGAAUGUUGGUUUACUACAUUCUUUCUGGAGGGAAACACCCAUUUGCUCCUGAGUUUGAUUUUGAAUGUGAGGUAAACAUUUAUAAUGGGAAAUACAACAUAAAUCAUAUUCAGGAUGAAGUGGCGAAAGACCUCAUUGAAAUGAUGAUUGACAAAGAACCAAAGAAGAGACCCAAAGUGGAGGAAUGUUUGAGUCAUCCCUUUUUCUGGGAUAAUCCAAAGCGACUUGAGUACCUGAAAGAAAUUGGAAACCGUCCUGAGGUUUCCAACUGUCGGGAUGUUGAAAAUGAAUGUAUUUCUGCAGUGGAAGAAUUUGUUGGCGACGGAUCUUUGAAGGACUGGAAAACAAAAUUCCCAGAAGAUUUGGUUCUGAAAAUGGACAAAAGAGGUUAAACUUAUCCCGAAAAUACAUUGGGACUAUUGCGCUUCAUACGCAAUCUUUAUGUGCAUCAUUCCAAGGAUGCAGCCGAAGUUGAUGUGUUCACGUUGUUUCCAGAUCUUUUUGGUUCCAUUUUUAAAUUUGCCAAAAAACAGGGAUGGAAUUUGGAGACACCCCUGAGAGAGAUGUUUCAAAGUAAGGAGUCCUGAUGUAGAGGAGAAUCCUGCAGCCCCAGUCCAGGAGUCCCAAAGCAGUUAUGUGACUAAAAGUGUUAACAUAUGAUAGUAUGUAAUCUUGCUGAAUUUCAGGUGACAGCAUAAUAUUCUGUAGGGCAUUAAUAUUUAUUAGAGAUGAAGGCAGGUAAAAUUAAUAUUGCUGAAAUGCAGAUUUUUGUUGUAAUACAUUGAGUUCUUGGGUCUGGUUACAAAUAGAAAUGAUCUUUGUUAAUUUACCAUUUGUUUACACCAAAAGCUAUAGAUACAAUUGAUCAGAACAGAGAUUCAGUCAUUUCUAAUCAUCAGAGUUAUGUUUUUUUUUUAAUGGAGGUCUACAGCCAAUCCUCUGUCUGUAGUAGUACUGAGUGAUAGUGACAGCUGAAUUUGAAAGAAGAAAUUUGAUUAGUUUCAAUGUAUGUCAGUGUCAUUGAUCAAAAUCUAUCUCAUUGAUGUUCAGGAAAUUAAUAUAGUAUUUUUUAAUAACUAAUUAAUCAAUAAAAUAUAUGAAUCACU